AUGAAGAAACCCAGUGUUGGAUUCUCUUCCUCCAAAACAGGUCAGGAAGAUGAGGGUCAGAAUUCAGCAGAGCCACCUAAUACACCAACAAAAUCACACGGGGGAAAGCCUUUUAAAUGUAUUGAAUGUGGAAAGAGCUUCAGUCAACGUGCAGACCUUAGAAGACACCAACGAACUCACACAGGGGAGAAACGAUUUAAUUGUAUUGAAUGUGGAAAGAGCUUUAGUCAAAGUGGAGCACUUAGAAGACAUCAACAAGCUCACACGGGGGAGAAACCAUUUAAAUGUAUUGAAUGUGGAAAGGGCUUCACUCAAAAUGUAAACUUGAGAAUACACCAACAAAAUCACAUGGGGCAGAAACCAUUUAAAUGUAUUGAAUGUGGAAAGAGCUUCAGUAGAAAGGAAACACUUAGAAUACAUCAGCGAACUCACACAGGGGAGAAACCAUUUGAAUGUAUGGAAUGUGGAAAGAGCUUCAGUCAAAAUGGAAACCUUAGAAUACAUCAUCAAACUCAUACAGGGGAGAAACCAUUUAAAUGUAUUGAAUGUGGAAAGAGCUUCAGUAGAGGUGGAGUCCUUAGAAGACACCAACGAACUCACACAGGGGAGAAACCAUUUAAAUGUUUUGAAUGUGGAAAGAGCUUCAGUGGAAUUGGAGACCUUAGAAGACAUCAACGAACUCACACAGGAGAGAAACCAUUUAAAUGUAUUGAAUGUGGAAAAAGCUUCCAUGCAAGUGGAUCACUUCGAAUACAUCAACAAACUCACACAGGAGAGAAUCCAUUUAAAUGUAUUGAAUGUGGAAAAAGCUUCCAUGCAAGUGGAUCACUUCGAAUACAUCAACGAACUCACACAGGAGAGAAACCAUUUAAAUGUAUUGAAUGUGGAAAAAGCUUCCAUGCAAGUGGAUCACUUCGAAUACAUCAACGAACUCACACAGGAGAGAAUCCAUUUAAAUGUAUUGAAUGUGGAAAAAGCUUCCAUGCAAGUUGGUCACUUCGAAUACAUCAACAAACUCACACAGGAGAGAAACCAUUUAAAUGUAUUGAAUGUGGAAAAAGCUUCCAUGCAAGUGGAUCACUUCGAAUACAUCAACGAACUCACACAGGGGAGAAACCAUUUAAAUGUUUUGAAUGUGGAAAGAGCUUCAGUGGAAGUGGAGACCUUAGAAGACACCAACGAACUCACACGGUGGAGAAACCAUUUAACUGCAUGGAAUGUGGAAAGAGCUUCCGUGGAAGUGGAGACCUUAGAAAACACCAGCAAACUCACACAGGGGAGAAACCAUUUGAAUGUAUGGAAUGUGGAAAGAGCUUCAGUCAAAAUGGACACCUUAGAAUACAUCAUCAAACUCAUACAGGGGAGAAACCAUUUAAAUGUAUUGAAUGUGGAAAGAGCUUCAGUGGAAGUGGAGGCCUUAGAACACACCAACGAACUCACACAGGAGAGAAACCAUUUAAAUGUAUUGAAUGUGGAAAGAGCUUCAGUAGAGGUGGAGUCCUUAGAAGACACCAAUGAACUCACACAGGGGAGAAACCAUUUAAAUGUUUUGAAUGUGGAAAGAGCUUCAGUGGAAGUGGCGACCUUAGAAGACAUCAACAAACUCACACAGGAGAGAAGCCAUUUAAAUGUAUUGAAUGUGGAAAAAGCUUCCAUGCAAGUGGAUCACUUCGAAUACAUCAACAAACUCACACAGGAGAGAAACCAUUUAAAUGUAUUGAAUGUGGAAAAAGCUUCCAUGCAAGUGGAUCACUUCGAAUACAUCAACGAACUCACACAGGAGAGAAUCCAUUUAAAUGUAUUGAAUGUGGAAAAAGCUUCCAUGCAAGUGGAUCACUUCGAAUACAUCAACAACACACAGGAGAGAAACCAUUUAAAUGUAUUGAAUGUGGAAAAAGCUUCCAUGCAAGUGGAUCACUUCGAAUACAUCAACAAACUCACACAGGAGAGAAACCAUUUAAAUGUAUUGAAUGUGGAAAGAGCUUCAGUAGAGGUGGAGACCAGGGCUGGCUAUAGGCAGCAUAGGACUCCCUUAUUAGAACAGUUCCGCUGACUAAUGGUCUGUUUUUGGACACAAUUCUAAGUGUUGGUUAUCACCCAUAAAGCCCUGCAUGGCCUAAUACGAAAAUGCUAUGUCCUCUAUUGAUAGUUUUGUGCGGCUGCAAGAGAUCGUAAUGUAUGUCUUUGAAGUCUGUUCAGCACCAUCUUUGGGCUAAUAACAUCUGUGCAACUGUUGUCGCAUACAUAGUCUUCUCUGCUCUUUUGGGAUCUCAGUACCUGUAAUUCCAAAUAAAAAGGCUUCUGAUUUCUUAAGAAAAGUUAUU